AUGGCUACCCGAAGGACGCGUAUCGUUUGUAUAUCUGAUACCCACAAUCAAACCCCCCAGCUGCCAGCUGGGCACAUUCUUGUUCACGCAGGCGAUCUCACUAACCAAGGCACGUAUUCAGAGCUUCAGAAGACUGUUGACUGGAUUAGGCGGUCACCUUUUCAGGUCAAAAUCGUCGUCUGCGGGAACCACGAUGUCACUUGCGAUGUUCCAUUCUAUCAGAUGUACGGAGGCUACUUCCACAAUAAGAGACCGGAAGAUUCUCAGCGCUGCCUCGACUUGCUGCGCGCGGACCCUUCGGUCGUUUUCCUCAAUCAUGAGGCCAAGCAGGUUCGCAUCAACCACGGGGCUGGUCUUGUGUCCAUACUCAAGGUCUUUGGUUCCCCAUACUCGCCAGCACAUGGUUUUUGGGCCUUCGGCUACUCGCCAGAAACUGCUCCUCAAUUAUGGGAUCAGAUCCCUCUAGAUUCAGAUAUCGUGGUGACGCAUACGCCGGCCAAGUUUCACUGUGACGAAUCUGGAAAACGUGGCACAGCAGGAUGCGAAAUCCUCCGUCAGGCUUUAUGGAGGGUUCGCCCCAAGCUAUUCGUGUGUGGGCAUAUCCAUGAGGCCUAUGGUGUUGAGGCCGUCACGUGGGAUCUAUCCUCUCCCCACCUCAGAUACAAAGAACAGAACGUCCGAAGAUGGGUGGACCCAGAGCCCGGUUCUAAGAAGCAAUUCACUGUCGAUCUGUCCUCGAGAGCCAAGGCCCUAGCUUUGCGCAAUGAUGGAAGCAUUGGCAGCCUGAUACCACAAAAACCACAGUCAAGAAUUCGGGGUGUUGAAGUUGAUGGCACUGUUGAUGAUGCGAGCACAGAUCAGCAAGACAGAAGCAACCCCUUCCCAGGUGCCCCGGGUCCCCCAACCCCUCCUUUCCCUGACUUUGAAAAGGCCGAGAGACCAAUCCCUUCUACGAUCGAUUCUCCAAGCAUCAGGCAUCUCAGGACUGGUAGUCAGGGUGGUCCAGCAUCAAGCUCUAGGUCUGACCAGGAAGCAAUUUCGGGUCGAGAGGGAAGAGCGGAGACUUGUGUGGUCAAUGCAGCUUUCAUGGGUUCAAAUUGGCCUCACAAGGGCGGCAAAAAGUUUCAUAAGCCUGUUGUGAUCGACCUGGAUUUGCCGGUUGUGGAUGAGAAAGAGAUCGACCAAGGCGUGCGACAUGAAGAGGGGUAG